GUGGGGCCUGCGCCCAUGCUGCCUUUGCCGCGUAGCCAGGACUCCAUUUCCCAGCGUGCCUCAGGACGCGACGACAGCAUUUGUCCGAGAACUUCGGGAGUCGGGUCCCUGAGCCACAACUGCGGUAGCCAAGGCUGAGCGGAAGCCGAUGCUGAGUGGGCAGCUGCUCCGGCGCCUGUUCUCCAUGGCUGGUCGCGUCUGUUUGUCCCGGAGCAGCGCAGGACUGGGGACUAUCGGUCCCGUCGAGGCAGCCAUUCGCACGAAGUUGGAGCAGGCCCUGAACCCCGAGGUGCUGGAGCUGCGUAACGAGAGCGGCGGCCAUGCGGUCCCACCAGGCAGCGAGACGCAUUUCCGCGUGGCGGUGGUGAGCUCUCGCUUUGAGGGACUGAGCCCCUUACAACGGCACCGGCUGGUCCAUGCUGCCCUGUCUGAGGAGCUGGCUGGGCCAGUCCACGCACUGGCCAUACAGGCACGGACCCCGGCCCAGUGGAAGGAAAACCCUCAACUGGACAUGAGCCCCCCUUGCUUGGGUGGGAACAAGAAAACUCGGGGAACCCCUUGAGCCCCAGGAGAGGGAAGACCAGGAUGCUAAUGGUUUGUGAAUAAACUACGGGCUUUCUUCCGGUCAA